CAUCAAAUUCAAUUCUUACAGGAUGCAACUAAAAUUGUUGUACUUAGUAAUGGUGAAAUGGUUGACAUGGGAACUUAUGAAGAGUUACUUCACUCUUCAGCAUCAUUUGCUCAUUUACUAGAAGAUAUUAAUCAACAUAAUCAGAAAAAGGAACAAGAACCAGAACCAGAAGGUCAAACGGUAAUGAGACGACGCAUAUCAACAAUGGUUUCUGUAAGUUCAGAAAAAGAAGAAGAUAUAUCAUCACUUCCAACAAACAUCGAAACAAAGGAAGAAGGAACAGUGAAAUGGAGUGUUUACGUAUCAUAUCUUCGUGCUGGUAUUGGUGUAUGUAUUGGUAUGCUACUGAUUCUGGUUGUAUUUUCGGCUCAACAAGCAACAUCGAUAUAUGUAAACUGGUGGUUAGCUGAAUGGAGCAAUGAUGAAGGUCAUCGGCAUCAUGUUUAUACUAAUUGCACGAAUGUUAUUGAUGAAAAGACAAAUAAAAUACGUCUGAUGAAUGAAACUGAAUGGAAUGUACAUCGACAUAAUCGUUUUUAUACAUUUUGUGGUAUUGUGGGAGCACUUUUCUUAAUUACAAUCUUAAGAGCUAUCAUUGCAGAAUUUAUAUGUUUGAAUGCUGGAAGAGUAUUACAUAAUAAGAUGUUUCGUCGAUUGAUCAGAUGUCCAAUACAGUUUUUCGAUCUGAAUCCAGUUGGUCGAAUUCUCAAUCGAUUUGCAAAAGAUGUAGCCAUUAUGGAUGACACCCUUCCAUUGAAUAUGUUCGAUUUUCUACAAUGCCUAUUUUAUGUACUUGGAACAAUUGCUCUAAUAGGAAUAUUUAAUCCAUGGGCAUUUAUACCAGCUAUAUUUGUUGGUAGUGGAAUGUUGUUUUUGAGAUAUCGAUUUGCUCGAUGUUUAAGAGAUCUCAAACGAAUUGAAGGUAUUACAAGAAGUCCUGUCUAUUCACACCUUACAUCGACUAUACAAGGACUCAAAGUUAUACGAUCUUACCAUGCUGAGAAGAUUUCUUCUGAUGAGUUUCUUCAUCAUCUUGAUGAUAACACACGUGCUAAUUAUUUACUACUUACAACUAAUAGAUGGGCGGCAGUUCGCUUUGAUUGGAUUGCUUUUAUCUUCAUCAUUAUGGUCACAAUAUUAGCCAUGAUUGUUCGCCUUGUGCAACAAAAAUUUUCAGCUGUGGAAAUUGCUCUGACACUCUCCUACAGUCUUAAUCUAAUAGGUCUUCUACAAUGGACAAUUAGGUUUGUGUCAUAUAAAAAAACAUGUCAUCAACUUGCACUUUUUCUAACCACAUCUAAUUCAUUUUAG